AUGGCUGCUCAAGCUGGAACCGCGAGCGUAUUAGGGAGCGUCUCCAGCGGCGAGUUCAUCUCCGUUGCCGGUCUCCGCGUGGACGGUCGUCGCAGUCACGAAGUGCGUCGCAUCCGCACGCGUUUCGGCCUCUUCUCGCGCGUCGAUGGCUCCUCCUACUAUGAACAAGGCAACACCAAAGUCGUGGCUGUGGUCUACGGCCCUCGAGAGCUCCGUACGGCGUCUACAAGCAGCAGCAGCAAUAGCAAUAGCGCAGCUGUAGUGGGUACAGGAGCUGGAGACGCAGUGAGCAGCUCGCAGCCGCGGGCGACGGUCCACUGCGAGUUCACGCAAGCGACUUUUGCCACGUCGGAGCGCAAACCCCAGCGCAGUAGCGACCGCCGGAAGCUCGAGAUGUCGCUGGCCGUCAAGCAGAUCUUUGAAGCCUGUAUCCAGACGCAGCUGUACGCGCGCUCGCAGAUUGACAUCUUUGUACAGGUUCUGCAUGCGGAUGGUGGGGAGCUGCCGGCUAGUAUCAAUGCCAUUACUUUGGCGCUCAUUGAUGCCGGGAUUGCACUGAAUGACUUUGUCGUGGCGUCGUCGGCUGGGUACUUGCAACAGACGAUGCUCUGCGACUUGAAUUACGCCGAGGAAGUGGCGCGCGCACCGCAGAUGGUGAUAGCACUGAACCCGCGGUCGCAGAAGCUGAAUCUACUGCAGAUGGAGUGCAAGCUGCCGCUCGAGCUCUUUGAGAGUCUCAUGGAAGUCGCCAUGGACGGGUGUAACCAGAUGUACGACUUGCUGCAGAAUGCCGUGCUGGAGAACACGAAGAAGCGCCUGCGACUGCGCAAUUCUGCAGUGGCUGCUUGA